GCCAAGUCACCCAUCACCACUUUCUCCAGCAGCGCCAUGCGUGCCGACCAGGCUUCUUCUUGGUACAGGCGAUUGUCUGUUGUCUACGCAUUGGGUGCCUGGACCACGUUGGGCUCCUUGAUUUUCUUCAGUCGGAAAAAGAGCAAGCCAUUAGGUGGUGAAUUAGAGCAAAAGGAUGAAAUAACUGAACCCCCAAGAGGGUUUUAUGUGGAAACGAUUGUCACAUAUAAAGAAGAUUUUGUUCCAAUUACUGAGAAGAUCCUCAACUAUUGGAAGUCGUGGACUGGUGGCCCUGGACCAGAAUCAUGAUUGACUGCUGAAUUCUGGAAACCAGGACUUUGGUUCAGAUUAUAAAUUUGACAGAUGCCUUGAUUUCCAUUUCAUGUUUGUGGAAAGUACAUUUAAUUUAAUUUUGCCAUUAAUUAUGAUCACUAAUAAUAUGCAAUCAAUAUUUCCUUGAGGCAAAGUAAAUUUGUAUGUUCAAGAAAUGUCCCUCUAUACUUACAUGAGUGAAAGGUUGAAGUGAAAUUUCACAUUGACUGUAAGCUUGCUUUCUGAAAUUAGUUCCUGAACUUUAUAUUUCUUUAUGUUGCUGUCAGACAUGGUUUUGAGUGGUCCGUUUAAGGUUAGAUUCAGCAAAUCUCCAUGUUUAGUUUGGGAUUUAUAGCAGCCCUUCAGAUACUAUUGGGUGCUUGGUAAGUACAUUAUGAUUUAAAUCAACUUGGCCUUUAGGACCACAACAGAUGUGGAUUAAAUCCUAACUGUGACUACAAAUAUCCUAGACACAGGGAAUACUAAAUUGGGACAUGUUUUCUGACCUAAGUGCUACACCAGUCUCUUCACUAGUCUCUUUUGCUUGUGAGUAACAAACCCAUAUAAGUGAGCUUAAAUCAAGGGGGUGUGUGUCAAAAAUGUGUAUGUACAAUUCAGAAUUAAAGCAGAUUUAUGUUACAGUUUUAGGAGGGCCUGAUACCAGGAACUGGAAUGCAACAAGCCACUCACUGACCCUGCCUCCUCUGGCUCAAAAGAAACUCAUAAUUUUCUACAACUUUGGACAUUCUUAGGUUGACAUAUGUAUACUUAAAAAUGGUUUCCCAAUUCUGGUAAUUUGGUAACUUGAAACUUUAAACUCUUGGUAGCAAAUUAAAUGAUGGACAUUCAUUAAAUAUCUAGAAAACUUUCAAAUAAGAUACUGUAUCAAUUACUGAACAUAGAUAUACCUACUUUUUUGCUUCUAUACUUGGUCUUAGCCAAAAGGCCAAGACGUGAUUACUUUUUGCUUAUAGAGGAAAUAAAGAUAUUUGAGUCUAUUAGUAAA